GUGACAUUUACUAUGAGGCUGCAGGUGAAAUUCUCCAGCUCGUCUUGUGAGUUCUUGCGACGGAGUUCAGUUGUUUGAAACGCUGUCGUCUUCAAGUAACUAUAAUGGAACGCUCAAAUUAGACCCGGGAAGUUAUCUUCAACAGAGGCCUCUGCAGAAAUGGAGAACGGAGGCUCAAUGAACUUGCUAGACUACGGGGAGGCAUUGUGGGAGAAUGCAGAGAAGAACCGGUAUAUCUUGUGCCGUUUCAUGAACCCCAACAAGCUGACUUCUUAUCUGCGCCAAUGCAAGGUCAUCGACGAGCAAGACGAAGACGAGGUGCUCAACUCUCGCCUGCUGGAGUCCAAAGUCAACCGAGCAGGUCGGUUGUUGGAUAUCCUGCACACAAAGGGAGAUCGAGGCUAUGUGGUUUUUCUAGAGAGUCUAGAGUUGUACUACCCUGACCUCUACAAGCUCGUCACGGGGAAGGAGCCAACACGCAGAUGUUCCACUAUAGUCGUGGAAGAGGGCCAGGAAGGGCUAAUCCAGUUUUUAAUGAAUGAAGUCAUGAAGCUUCAGCAGCAGUCCAAGGCUAAAGAUGUGCAGCGGGUGGACAUCAUGACCAAAUGCCGCACGCUAGAAGAUGAGCACAAGAAGCUACGGCUGGCCAACCAGGAGCUGCAGACUUUCCAGGAACGCUACAAUAAGAUGAAAGAAGAGCGUAAUAACUAUAACGAUGAACUUAUAAAGGUGAAGGAUGACAACUAUCAGCUGGCUAUGCGAUAUGCUCAGCUCAGCGAGGAGAAGAAUAUGGCUGUGAUGAGGAGCCGAGACCUUCAGCUAGAGAUUGACCAACUAAAGCACAAGCUGAACAAGGUGGAGGAGGAGUGCAAAAUGGAGAGGAGGCAGUCUCUGAAAUUGAAGAAUGACAUUGAGAACCGACCUCGGAAAGAGCAGAUAUUUGAGCUGGAGCGAGAGAAUGAGGUCUUGAAGAUCAAACUCCAGGAGUUGCAGUCCAUCAUACAGCCCGGGCCUCUGCCUGAUUCAGACAAGGCCAUCUUGGAUAUCCUGGAGCAUGACCGACAGGAGGCUCUAGAGGAUCGUCAGGAGCUAGUCAACAGACUCUAUAACCUGCACGAAGAGGUCCGACAGGCCGAGGAGCUCCGGGACAAGUACCUGGAAGAGAAGGAGGACCUUGAACUGAAGUGCUCCACUUUGGUGAAGGACUGCGAAAUGUACAAGAACCGCAUGAAUACGGUUAUGGUGCAGCUGGAAGAGUUGGAACGGGAGCGGGACCAGGCUUUCAAGUCAAGAGACGAUGCUCAACACCUCGUGUCUCAAUGUCUGAUUGACAAAGACAAAUACCGCAAGCAAAUACGGGAGUUGGAAGAGAGGAGCGAUGAACUUCAAAUUGAAAUCGUACGCAAAGAAGCCAAGAUAGUCAACUUGGAGUGCAAACUGAGACGGAUGGCUAAAGAAAAUGGUUUGGAUCAGAGUCUGCCACGAGACAUUACUCCAUUAAUUAUAGCUCAGCACUUUGGGCAACCUGCCGGAGGACCUUCAGAAGACUCUGGAGAAGAAACUGUUGAUGAUCAAGAGCCUAAACUCCAACGCAGAAGUAACCUUAAAGGCAGAAUUAACAGACCAAAAUCUCCAGCUGCUGGACCCAAAAGUCCUCUAUUCCAAGCCAUGCCUUUCACCAAUGGGGAUCUGUUAGAACCUGCAGCCACUGACAACACAAGUCUCAACAGCGCCAGUGCAGUGAUUUCUCCUGCAGAGAUCUGCAUUAAAAAUCUGCGAUGCCGUAAUGACAGUAUCUUGUCCACCGUGCCAGAGCCUCCAGACCAGAGCUCCAUUGUCAGGAGAAGCAAGGAGAACCCAAACUCUCAAUACAAAUGUCUUCCCAUUUCAGACCCGACAGAUACUGACAGUGGAGACAAUGCCGACAUGGAUGACCAUGACUUAGACAUUUCCUCCUACGGGCCUUCAUCCAUCCAUUCAUCUUCAUCUUCCCACCAGUCUGAGACAAUGGACUCGUACGAUCUGGAGCAAGUCAAUAACAUCUUCAGGAAAUUCUCUUUGGAGAGACCGUUUCGUCCCUCGUUGACCUCAGGCCCUCCGCAAAACUCAUUGCGGCCAGUUCAAAGCCUUUUACUCUCUGGAGAAAACCUUCUGUCGGACAUCACUCUGAUUGGUGGAAAUGAUAGUGGCAUCUUCGUGUCCUCUGUCCAGUCUGGUUCUGAAACAGAACGGGCCGGGGUUAAAGUCGGACAUCAUCUUCUAAUGUUGGAAGGCAAUGUUCGUGGAGAAGCUCAGAGUGUGGCAUUGGACACUUGCACCAAAGAGGAAGCUCACUGGACCCUGCAGAGAUGCACUGGAGAAGUGCAUCUCCAUUACAAGCACAACUAUGAUGGCUACAGGCGUCUGCUGAAGGACAUUGAAGAUGGCACAGUGGUAUCCGGAGACUCUUUCUACAUCCGUCUCAAUCUGAACAUCUCCAGCCAGUUGGACAACUGUUCACUCAACGUACGAUGUGACGAGGUUCUCCAUGUCCUGGACACCAUGCACCAGGGCAAAUGCGAGUGGGUGUGCGCCCGUGUUGACCCUUUCACCAACAAGGACACAGAGAGAGGCACCAUCCCGAGCUACUCGAGAGCCCAGCAGCUCCUCUUGGUGAAGAUUCAGAAGCUGAUGUGUCGAGGAGGUCGAGAGGAAGUCGAAACUCUGCGAGGACUACGGAACACCCUUCAGCCUGAGGAGCCCACACCAACUCAAGACCCCAAGUCUAGUCCGCGUCUGUCCAGAGCCAGUGUCUUCAUCUUUCAGUUAUUACAGUUUGUCAGCAGGGUGGAUAACAAGUACAAGAGGAUGAACAGCAGUGAGCGUGUCCGCAUUGUCAAUGGAGGAAAUCCAUCAUCAGUUUCCAGGCCAGGUUUUGAAACACUGAGGCCUGAGGACACAUCUGAUCCAGAGAGCGAUUUGAACAAGAGCUUGAAUCUGAUCCCGUACAGCCUAGUGACCCCACACCAAUGUCAGCGCAAAAGACCCGUCCUCUUCACCCCCAACAUCCUAUCCAAGACCAUUGUCCAGAAGUUUCUUAACCUUGGAGGUGCUAUGGAGUUCAAUAUAUGCAAACCAGACAUUGUGACAAAAGAUGAAUUCCUCAUGAAACAGAAGAUAGAGCCCAUCAUUUAUUCCAAAGAAAAGCAGGCCUGCACAUAUGAAUGCAUCACCCCAGAAAAUAUUGAAGCGGUUGCCUUCAAGAAUAAGCACUGCCUUCUUGAAGCUGAUCUGAGCUGUGUGAAAGACUUGUUGAGGAGAGAGAUCUACCCCAUCAUCAUCUUCAUCAAAAUCUGUGAAAGGAACAUCAAAAAAUUAAGGAGGCUCCCUCUGAGGGUGGACUCUGAAGAGGAGUUCUUGAAGAUGUGUCGCUCCAAGGAGAAGGAGCUGGAGACGCUGCCGUGCCUGUACGCGAAUGUGGAGCCUGACUCAUGGGGUGGGGUGGAGGAUCUCGUCAAGAUCAUCAAGGACAAGAUUUUUGAGGAGCAGAAGAAGACGGUCUGGGUGGAGCAAGACCUGCUGUGACCUGAUCACGGGAGCACGUUAUGGCUUACGGCGCACUAAAACUCUGUCUAUUUCCAGCUCGGGUGGAAUGCAUGCAUGCAGCACAGGCGUGUGAACAGGAAGUGACUCUGUCAAAGGCGUCAAAGGUGAGGUGUGUUUCUCUCUGCUGUCUAAAAAAAAAAGCAGCAAGCCACGUGGACAUGUGAUGCUCUUGAAGGUUCACAUAGUAAGCAGUGGAAAUGUUCUCAUCCUAAAGCUUCUUAUCUAUUAUUCUCCUGAAGCGGAGCUGUUGUCAAUAAAACAUUAUCCUUCCCAGCAUCCACCUGUAAUGCUCAGUAUAGCGCUGCCCACUGAAUUUCGCUUCAGUUGUGUUCUGGAUACUUUGUGUAUAACUGUAAAUUGAAUCUGAUGCCACUAUUCUUGCAAUAUACAGUAUAUACCAUUUAUAAAUUAAUAUUUGUGACUUCCAUAUUUAUUUUAAUACAAGCCCACAUUUGUAAUGGAUAGUCUUUAUGCAGAUAACACACAUGUGGCUUAAUCCUGUGCCCAUUUUAGCUGCUAAGUACUUGCCAAGGUCAUACUGUAUUUCAAUGGCAUUAUCUAUAUUUACAUGUCAAGCUACUGACUGUAAUUUGCUUUAUGUUGGCAUUAUUUUGGAGUCUGUUUAAGCUGUCAUUGAUUGAGGCCCUGAAUUGGGCUCUUAUCUUCUCUAGAUGAUAUCACAGUCAGAGCUAUUUCUGGUGUUUACUUUAUGUUCCAUUCAUUACACAUGACUUACUUCUUGCCAAAUAUCAUGAUUUAUAGGUAGCUUAAAAGUAGUAUGUAAUAAUUAAAAGUAACAUUUUUUAUUAAAAAUACAUUUAGGGUUAAAUGUAUGUGAAUGUAUAAGGGAAAAUGUUUAGAAUUAUUGUUUUUUUUUAUAAUUCAUUUUCUGUGUUGUGAUAUAUUUUUAUAUCACAUUUACAUAUCAUAUUUAUAUAUAUAUAGGGGACAUCGGAUACAAAAUUCACUUUCAUGGUGUUUGCAUAUAAAUGUGUGUGGACACAACCACACUGUGAUAAAACAAUGAUAAAAAUCCAUUCACUCCUUUUUUUUAAAUCCUUUUUUAUCAAGCCAUUUUCAAUUUUCUGAGCAGUAUGAUGUCAUACUGCUCAGGCUCCGCCCAUGACCACUAAUGGAGUGUCCCGUAUUAGCAUAUUUCCAUCCUCAGCCAUUUUCUCUGUGCUCAAGCAGUUAUAGCGACAAUGUCUCGUAAACAAUGCAGGCGUUUUGUAGUUGGAUGUAAAAGUCGACGUCAGGGCCACUGAGGACGCUGUGGAUUAGUUUUGUUUUUGAUGGUAAUGCGCCACCGAAUACACGCAAAAAUGGAAGAAAGGGGCGGGGUGAGCAGUAGCUCAUAAUCGUUUAAAGAGACAUGCACUGAAAAGGGUGGGUGUAAAAAAGGUAAAAAGGGUGUUGUUUUAGGGUGCUUUCACACCUGUAGGUCGAUUGCUUUGUUCUGAAACAGGGAUUAAAAUUAUUACAAUGUUGCUUUUUAUUCUUGGUGCGGUUCAUUUCACACUAGAAAGUUUCUUAACAGACCAAAUGUGUUAAUACAUGCCACAUGCGAGUAAACUGUCCUCUCAUUGGUCAGAGUUCCAUGGUUUAUUUUCGCUCAGCUGUCAUCCGUCAGGAUGGAACAACAACAGCUUUGCGGGCUUAUUGUUGCAUUUUUUUUUUGUAGCUGUUGUUAUAUUAAUUUAUCAUUUUGAGCAGAAGUCCAGCAUUUGUCGGGAAAACAUUUUUAAAACACACUUACUACAAAGAGAGCAACAAGAAAAAGAAAUGAAAAGGCGCGCUUUGGUUUUGAAUGACGAAGACGUGCCCACACACAGAUAUUCACAGGUUAACUUAAAGAGGUAUUAGCAAAACAACCAAGCUACUGCUGUGAAACUAAGUGCCAGGUGUGAAAGCACCCUUACACGACCGUUGGGGAAGUAUGUUGCAGACUCACAUUUUAGUAAGUUCAGAUUAGAGUAUGUAUGUUUUAUUUUUACAUAUUACAAUACAAUACAAUUACAAUAUAUAUUUUACUUUGCAUGACAAUGGAACAUUGUUUCACUCAUAUUUUCACAUUUUAUUUUCACAAAAGUUGAAAUUAUAACAGCAGACACUUUUAUUGCAUUUAAUAUGCUUUCUGUGUAAAUAAAAUCGCUUUUGUAAAUUUAAUUUGGUGCAGAUGCCAAAAAUGCAUGUCUUGUUUUUGACCCAUAGAGUACGAAUAUUCUGUUUUGUCACUCAAAUAAUUAAAUAUAUAUUUUUUUAUUUAAUACAUAUUUAAUUAUUUGUAUUUUUACUGUAUUAAUAUUCUAUUUAAUCAGUCAUAUUGUACAAAAAGUAGUGGGAUAAAAACAACCCAGGGCUGGGUGAAAUAUGGACAAAAUGUUUAACCCAACCUUCUAGGUAGUUUUAUUUAACGCAACUACUGCUUAAAAAUUACUGUAUUUCUUGCUUAUGAAAAUUAACUCAGAAUUAACUAGGGCUGCCCCCUAAUAGUCGACGAGAAGAGGCUUGGUCGACCAAAAGUUUAUUAGCCGCUCUGAGAUGGAGGCACUGGUGCGCUCACUUGCUCUUAAAAUACUCUGUCAUUUUUGGUCAUACAGAUAAAAGUAAUACAUCUUUUGAAU